ACCAUCAACGCCAUCGUCUCGAUCCCUGCUUAGCUAACAGUAGUGCAGCGAACACCACCACCUCCCAUCUCAUCGAGGACCAGUCAAUCCAUCGCUGCUUAGAAGUUAACUAGCAGCUAGAGCAAUGGCGGCCACAAGAAGCUUGCUUGCGGCGGCGUUCCUGGCGCUGUCGUUGCCGGCGGUGCUGUGCCAGGCUCCCGGGCCGGCGGCGCCCAAGGGGCCGCCGAACGUGACGGCGAUCCUGGAGAAGGGCCAGCAGUACAACACGUUCAUCCGGCUGAUGAAGGCGACGCAGCAGGACACGCAGCUCAACAGCCAGCUAAACAACUCCUUCAACGGCUACACGGUGUUCGCGCCCACCGACAACGCCUUCAGCAGCCUCAAGACCGGCACGCUCAACGGCCUGUCGCGGCAGGAGCAGGUUUCCCUUGUGCAGUACCACAUCAUCUCGCAGUUCUACUCCAUGGCGGCCUUCGAGACGGCCAGCAACCCGGUCCGCACGCAGGCGUCGGGCUCCAACGGGCCCUACACGCUCAACAUCACCGCCAACAGCAACAACCAGGUGAACAUAUCCACCGGCGUCGUCACCACCAACCUCGGUACCGCGCUGCGCUCGGACCAGCCGCUCGCGGUGUACUCCGUCGACAAGGUGCUUCUGCCCAACGACCUGUUCGGCGUCAAGCCGCCGACGUCCGCGCCACCCGCGCCCACCAGGAGGCCGUCCAAUGGGAACUCCAGCUCUGUGGCUCAGGCGCCCGCCGGGGCCACCGACACCCCGCCAUCCGGCGCGGCCGCGGGAGGCGCCAGGGUCGCCGGGUGGAGCUUGGCCGCUCUGCUUCUGGGUGCCGCAGCCAGCUUGUUGUGAGAAAUUGUUGAGAAGAGAGAUCAAACACGCGAGAGCUAGCCUACGUGCAUGUGCAUGAGCAGUUCUUGUUGCUCUUUCAUUUUCUUCUCUUGAUUUUGGAUUUAUUUGUUGCUCCACCUGGUUUGGAAAAAUCUCUCAUGUGAUUCUUAUCUGAAUGUUAAUGAUGCUCUACUAUUGAGCUAUUUGUUU